AUGAAAGCCGAGCUUGUGGUACCGUCGGAGGUUGCUCGCGAGAUGCUGGGUUUACGCGAAAUGAUUAACGAGAUUGGAACGGCACUGGAGAUGCCAAUGGUGAUGCGCAUCGACAACCAAGCGGCCAUCCGACAUCUCGAAGGUGAAAUUUCGUCACUCAAGGCGAAGCACAUCGAUGUUCGAGUCAAGUUUGUGUGCGAUUUUGCUCGGCGCAGAAUUGUGAUCGUAUAA